CAGUUGGGAGCUGAAAGCGCAGACAGUAUCGGAGCUGUCCUAAAUAGUAAAGAUGAGCUAAAAGAGAUAGAGGAAACAAGAGAAAUAUGCAGGGCUUCAUUUGACAGUUCAGUCGUACCUUCCAAAAGGAAGGGACAGAUGGAGGGUGAGGACACAGAGGAAGAUGUGGAAGAACAAAAGGAUGAGGUGGAGGUGCAGCAGCCGGAUGAAAGCAACCCAUAUGAGGAGGUGUACAAGGACUCAAGUACUUUCCUCAAGGGAACCCAGAGUUUGAAUCCUCACAAUGACUACUGUCAGCACUUUGUCGACACAGGGCACAGGCCUCAAAACUUCAUUCGAGAUGUCGGCUUGGCUGACCGAUUUGAGGAAUACCCUAAGCUUCGAGAGCUGAUCAGACUAAAGGACGAGCUUAUCUCCUCCACCAACACCCCUCCCAUGUACCUCCAGGCUGAUCCCGAACACUUUGACCUGCAGGAUCUGAAGUGCAAGUUUGAUGUAAUUCUGCUCGAGCCGCCCUUAGAGGAAUACUACAGAGAAUCAGGCAUCAGCCACACUGAACGUUUCUGGACCUGGGAUGAU